AUGCGGUCUACACUCCGGCUCUUGGCUAAUGUCAAGCCUCGAUACUUGGAGCCAUUUACUCCCACCGGGUUGACCGGCCUUACCACCCACCCCAGCCCUCGCCCUACCCUAAUCUAUCUCUACACCACAACGCUUCAGAAGCUGUCCAGAUUUCCCGAAUCUUCCGCCUAUCGCCAGUCAGUGGAAGCUUUGACUCGACACCGUCUCGAGAUCGUCGAGUCCCAAAAGCCACCUGGAUUUGAGCAAUGGUUGGAGCGCGUCAAGAAGACUGUGGGCGCCGAGCCUGAGCGAUUUGCUCAAUUGCAGCGUUCCGAUGGUACCUUCGCUUAUGUCGGUUCGCAAGAGGCCAACGGCAUGGACGAUCCUCGCGGCCAGGAGUGGGAUGGCGAGGGCGCCGCCAUCAUGCCCCAGGGUCCCGCGCGUACCCCACAAGAAGCUGCUGAGUUGGAGAAGAUCAUCGAGGAGUCCAGCUCGACCGCGGCAAAGACAGAUGCGGACUACUACAAGACCGAGAUGACUUGGGAGAACGAGCCUGCGCUCGAGGCUGAGCAAGUUUCCCAGAUCGAGCAGAAAAUCGGUGCUGGUCUCAUCGAGGAGGUCAUUCAGGUUGCGGAGGCCGAGCUUAAGCUCACCGAUGAGCUGUACAAGGCUAAGGUGUGGGAGGAGCUGGAGGAAAAGCCUGUCCCUGGCCAGUGGUCAUACUUCGAGCGUGGCAACUGA